UUCACCACUAGAGAGAGAGCGGAGCUCCGGCCUGCCACUAUGCAUUUUGCUACCCUGUUUGCUGUCCUCGCCUUCUCAAUGGCCGUGCAAGCUGUACCCUCGGCCAGGACAUUCGCUUCGUCUCAGCAUCCCCAGCACAACAUUCCUGCUCACAACCAGCAUUCUCAUCAGCACGUCUUCCCAGGAGUCCAGCAGAAUACCGCUAACCAUGGUCAUCAGGUGCACGUGGAGGACGACUCUUCGGUCGCGGUUCUUGUCUGUCAAGUCGUCAAGGUUCCUGCUGGGCGCCCUGUUCCGCAGCCAGCACCCGCAGUUCCAGCCACGCCCCCAAUGGCUGCGGGCUCGCCCUCUAUCGUAGUAUCUUCACAGGAGACCCUGUCAAACCUAACCACCCGCGUCAGGACUGCAGUGGACAGCCUCGUUGAACCCAUCGUCGCUGCCUUGCAGAAUGCGUCUCUGUGGCUGAACCGUACAUCGCAGCAGCAUCUGAGCCAGCAUCACCAGCACAUGGUUCAUCCACAGGGCGGACACAACCACCACGCCCACCAGCAUGCUAUUCCCAACCACCACGCCCAUCAGCCCAUGCAUGUAAGCCAAUUCAGCCAACAUGGUCAUCAACAUCAGCAUGGCGGUCAUGCUAACCAUCCCAUUAACGAGCACCACCAUACCCACCAGGCUAACGCGGUUCCCGCUCAUCAAACCCAGGGUGUGGUUCAUGAAAUAGCUGUACCGAUGACUGUCGUCUCCGUUCCUGUCAUGAUUCCAGCGGUACACGCUGGCUCGUUUCCCCUGGUGAAUAUUUCCUCCAUCGUUCCUGUAGGCGUCAACGUGGCCUCGCUACAGUUCUCAAGCGCUGUUCGCAAUGGCACAUCUUUCGCAGGCUCUUCUGCUGCAACUGUCGCUGCUACCACACGGCCGGCAGCAACGCCUACUCCUGUCGGUCCCAAGUUCCGUGCCAAUGAAGUCUUUACACCCGAACCUAUUGUUAAAAUACCAGGCUGUCCAGACUCCUGCUACCGUCGGUGAUGGUCUGCAUCGGGUAUGGUUCCUAAGGGUGGGAGAAGGUUGCUUUACCUCUGCCCAGUUUUCCCCCUGUUUCGAGAAAGAUUACUUUUAUCAUCACUUUUUUUUUAAGUGGGAGCGUUUUACAGUGAUAGAUUCAGCAUGUAUGUAACGCUGCAAUAAAGAGUCUGGUUUUAUGCAUAAA